CUGCGAAACAAGAUCAUCUGUGCUCUCUAAACAGUUUCGAUGGCAGGGGCUGCCGUUAACAAGAAGAAGGGCCUAAAGCCACAAAAACCUACACAUCCACCUAAGAAGAAGCAGAAGAAGGAUUCAUUCUCCGACAAACCGCCGAAAGAGCUUGACCUUCUGGAGGAUUCUGAUAGCCCAAAUGAGCACGAAGUAGAAGAAGGAGAAAAAGGAGGAGAUGACUCUGCUUCUGAAAUUUCUUCCGACGGUGACGAUGUCUUCGCCGAGGAUUUUCUCCAAGGAAGCGAGGAAGAAGAGAAGGUUUCGAGUUCAGAUUCGGACUCGUAUUCUGAUUCAGGAGACUCAACUAUAGAAGAGAAGUCCAGAGCAAUCGAUGAAGAGAAGGCCAGGGAAGAAGAAGAAGCAGAAGAGGAAUUGCAGCUUAACAUUAAAGAAGAAUCGGACGAGUUCCGCUUGCCCACUCCAGAGGAGCUUGAAGAAGAGGCACAACGACCCCCCGAUCUUCCGAAUCUUCAACGGAGGAUAAAAGAAAUUGUUCGAGUUCUUUCAAAUUUUAAGUCUUUAAGACAAGAGGGAGCAACACGGAAGGAUUACACUGACCAACUUAAGAGGGAUUUGGGUUCUUACCAUGGUUACAAUGACUUCUUGAUUAGCGUUUUGGUCGAGAUGUUUCCAGUCGUUGAGCUUGUAGAGCUUAUUGAAGCUUUUGAAAAGCCUAGACCAAUUUGUCUACCAACUAAUACUUUAAAGACACGUAGACGGGAUUUGGCUGAUGUGUUGAUAAACAGAGGGGUAAACUUGGAUCCAUUAAGCAAGUGGUCGAAGGUUGGACUGGUUGUGUAUGAUUCUCAAGUACCAAUUGGUGCGACUCCUGAAUAUAUGGCUGGCUACUACAUGCUACAAAGUGCAAGCUCCUUUUUGCCAGUUAUAGCCCUCGCUCCUCAAGAAAGGGAACAAAUUGUAGAUAUGGCGGCUGCACCUGGUGGUAAAACAACUUAUAUUGCAUCUCUUAUGAAGAACACUGGUAUAAUUUAUGCAAAUGAGUUGAAGGAGCCUAGACUCAAGUCAUUGGCUGCAAACUUGCAUCGUAUGGGUGUAACAAACACCAUUGUGUGUAAUUAUGAUGGGAAGGAGCUGCCAAAGAUUUUGGGACUAAACACUGUUGAUAGAGUGUUGUUGGAUGCUCCCUGCAGUGGAACUGGAGUUAUAUCAAAGGAUGAGUCUGUCAAAGCCUCUAAAAGUUCUGAAGAUAUACAAAAAUGUGCUUUUCUACAGAAGAAAUUGAUACUUGCAGCAAUUGACAUGGUGGAUGCUAAUUCCAAAUCUGGGGGAUACAUUGUCUACUCCACUUGCUCAUUAAUGAUUCCAGAGAAUGAAGCAGUUAUAGACCAUGCACUCGGAAAAAGGGAUGUGCAGUUGGUGCCAUGUGGGCUAGACUUUGGCCGUCCAGGGUAA